GAAGAAGCUGCAGAGGAGACUGAGGAAGGAAGGAAGCAGAAUGGAGAGCCAGAAGGAGACCUGGAGGAGGCACACUGGUUGAAACAGAUUAGAGACACUGACAACUCUUUCCAACCAUACAUCUCAGGGACCACAUCUCAGUCCUAAGGCACAUCUUCACCACAUGUCAAAGAUCCAACUUGGUAAAUUCAACAAUCAGUUGCCAACUCUUGCUCUACAUUGAUAAGCAGAAAAUGAGACUUUGGGUCUUGGCAGUUACAAUAGUUCUUAUACAUUCCACAGCAGCUCUGUUUAUCAGGUCAUACUGGGGUCUGGAAAAAGAGGCUUUAAUUGUGAGAUGUUCUAGACAUGGUGGAUCUCGAUACCCUGUGGACUGGUAUUAUGCAAAAAACAAGGAAAGUGUCACUACUAAGAAAACAAAUCGUGUAUUUGCCUCUGGGGAACAUCUUAAGUUUCUCCCAUCAGAAGUCAAUGACACUGGAAUUUACACUUGCGUUGUCAGAAGUUCUACCUCCAAUCUCACCGGAUUUGUGAAUAUCACCAUAUAUAAAAAACAACCAGAUUGCAAUAUUCCAGAUGAUCUGAUGUAUGAUGCAACAUCUGGAUCAGAAAAGAAUUCCCGAAUAUUUUGUCCUACAAUUGACAAAUACAAUUGGACAGCACCUAUUGAGUGGUUCAAGAAUUGUAAAUCUCUUCAAGGAUCAAGGUACCACACACACAGGUCAUACCUGCUGAUUGAUGAUGUAACCAGCAAGGAUGCAGGUAACUAUACAUGUAAAUUUACACACAAUGAAAAUGGAGCCAGUUACAGCGUGACAGCAACCAGACCAUUCAGAGUUAAAGAUAAAGAUAUGAAAGGUCUUUCUUUGUUUCCAGUGAUUACAGCUCCUCCACAAAACAAAACACAGGAAGUAGAAAUCGGAAGAACAGUAAACAUAACUUGCUCUGCUUGCUUUGGGAAAGGUCCUCAGUUUGGGAUUACUGUUCAGUGGUUUGUUAGUGGCAAGAAAGUGGGAUACUCUGCUGAAGCCAGAAUUCGACAGAAGCAAGAGCAAGAUCAAAGUUCUAGCAAUAACCUGACUUGUGUAAACGCCAUUUUAAGAAUAACUGAUGUGAAAGAAGAGGAUUUAUCACUCAAGUAUGAGUGUGUGGCCCAGAAUUUGGAUGGCCUGACAAAGCAGAACAUAAGUCUAAGGAGAAAAAAUCCAAUUGAUCAUCGAAACAUCUACUACAUACUUACAGGAUUUAGCAUAUUGUUAAUGCUAAUCAAUAUCUUGGUGAUAAUGCUAAAAUUAUUCUGGAUUGAGGUUAUUCUGCUCUGGAGAGACAUAAUUAGUCCUUACAAAACUAGGAAUGAUGGAAAGAUCUAUGAUGCUUAUGUUAUCUAUCCACGGGACUACAAUAGCUGUCCGGAGGGGGCCAGUUCUGUGGAAUGCUUUGUUCACCAGAUUCUUCCUGCUGUUCUUGAAAAUAAAUAUGGCUACAACUUAUGCAUUUAUGGGAGAGAUCUGCUUCCUGGAGAAGACCUAGCCACUGCUGUGGAAAGCAACAUGCGAAAGAGUAGGCGGCACAUUUUCAUCCUGACUCCUCAGAUCAAAUACAGCAAGGAAUUUGCCUAUGAACAGGAGAUCGCGCUGCACAGUGCCCUCAUCCAGAACGACUCCAAGGUGAUUCUUAUCGAAAUGGAGGCUCUGAGUGAGCCAGGUGGACUGCAGUUGGAGGAACUUCAAGAUUCCCUGAAGCACCUACUGAAAGUGCAGGGGACCAUCAAGUGGAGGGAAAACCACAUCACUGACAAAAGUUCCCUGAAUUCCAAAUUCUGGAAAAAAGUGAGGUACCACAUGCCUAUGCCAAACAAACUUCCCCAAAAGACUUCCAGCCUUGGUUUCCUUGAGUGACCCCUGGCAGUAGUGCUGGCUUUGAUGUGUGAAGGUACCAGAUAUUGUAGAUCUGAACUCUGCUUAGCUGGAUUCAGUUACUGUACCAGAUCCUGGAAUCUAGGGUAUGAGCAGUAAGACUGUCAAGGGUAUUAGUUCCUUAGACAUCUAGUAACAACCCUUCUGAUUUCCUGAUUCUGGGUUAAGUGCAACAUAUGCCCAAUUUUAUAUCCUCAAUCCCACUUUCUCCACCCCAUAUUUCCUUCCCUCUGCUGUCUUGAUCCACUGUAGUGUAGGAUCCUUUUACUGUCCUCUUUUUCUCUUUUUUUUUCUCUUCUUAUUUUCCCUUCAUUCCUUAUAAUUCUCUAUUUUUAACAUCAAACUAAAAAUUUUAAAGUU